AUGGCGAAAAGCAAUACAGACACAGCUGGACCCGAACGCUCAGAGAAGUAUCUCCUAGGAGAAAAGAUGGUGGUGGAGUUCCUUGGCAAGCCAUACCAGCUCGGCAAAAGCAACAUAUUCUCCGAGACUCUAAGAGAGUAUACGUUCGAGCACACCCUUUCGAGCUACGCUCGACCAGGCCUCACGUUUAGAGAACGCAACCUGCUGAACAUUGCACUGUUCAUAGCCACUAAUCGGGAACACGAACUGCGGAUUAAUCUGCUAUCUACGGAGCACAAUGGCUUAUCGAAGGAGGAUACUUGUGAGGCCAUCCGACACUGCAUGCUCUACACGGGGAUGGCAGCGGGGAGAGAUGCGUUCCUGGUGGCCAGCGAGUUGCUGGGGGACUAA